AUGGCGCAGCAGCUCGCUAAGACGACGCUUCUCCUUGUGGCCCUGGUGGUCGUGUCCGCGGUGGAGCUGUGCCGCGCCAUCGAGUUCGACGAGCGGGACCUGGCGUCGGACGAGGCGCUGUGGGACCUGUACGAGCGGUGGCAGACGCACCACCGGGUGCACCGGCACCACGGCGAGAAGGGCCGCCGGUUCGGGACCUUCAAGGAGAACGUGCGCUUCAUCCACGCGCACAACAAGCGCGGCGACCGACCCUACCGCCUCCGCCUGAACCGCUUCGGCGACAUGGGCCCGGAGGAGUUCCGGUCCACGUUCGCCGACUCCCGCAUCAACGACCUCCGCCGGGACCGGGAGUCCCCCGCCGUGCCGGGGUUCAUGUACGACGACGCCACCGACCUGCCGCGGUCCGUGGACUGGCGCCAGCAUGGCGCGGUGACCGCCGUCAAGGACCAGGGCCGCUGCGGCAGCUGCUGGGCCUUCUCCACGGUGGUGGCCGUGGAGGGCAUCAACGCGAUCCGGACGGGGAGCCUGGUGUCGGUGUCGGAGCAGGAGCUGGUCGACUGCGACACGGCCGAGAACGGGUGCCAGGGCGGGCUCAUGGAGAACGCCUUCGAGUUCAUCAAGUCCUACGGCGGCAUCACCACCGAGUCCGCGUACCCGUACCACGCCUCCAACGGCACCUGCGACGGCGUGCGGGCCCGGGGGCGCGGGCGGGUGCAGGUGUCGAUCGACGGCCACCAGAUGGUGCCGGCCGGCAGCGAGGACGCGCUGGCCAAGGCGGUGGCGCACCAGCCGGUGUCCGUGGCCAUCGACGCGGGGGGCCAGGCGUUCCAGUUCUACUCUGAGGGCGUGUUCACGGGCGACUGCGGCACGGACCUGGACCACGGCGUCGCGGCGGUCGGCUACGGCGUCAGCGACCACGGCACGCCCUACUGGAUCGUCAAGAACUCGUGGGGCCCCUCAUGGGGCGAGGGCGGCUACAUCCGGAUGCAGCGCGGCGCCGGCAACGGCGGCCUCUGCGGCAUCGCCAUGGAGGCGUCCUUCCCCUUCAAGACCUCGCCCAAUCCCAACCCGGCGCGCAAGCCCCGCCGCGCGCUCAUCGAUCUCCAGGGACACCUCCGAUCCUCCCAGUGA